CAGACUGUGUUUCCAUCUGGCUCUCGUCUCUGUCCUCAUCCCCCUUUUUUUCACCACUCUGAGUGCCAGAAUUCUUCAGGGAAUAUCUGAGACGUGUCAGGACUCUGCAGGUCUGGCAGAUGAAGACUCAUCUCUGGACAGCUCACCAGCUGCCUGGACUGUGAAAACAGAUUUGGUUCUGGCUUCAUGACUUCUAAUCAGUUGGACCUCCAAAAAAGGAUUGAAAAGACCUACCCCAGGUUGUGGAGUAUGAGGGUGAGUCAAGUGCUGCAGCUGUCAGUGUUGCUGUUGGGGCUCUGUGAGGCCCGGGGGGCUUCUCCCACAGGAGAUGAUGUCACAUCACAGAGGGCAGGUGAGGUCCCCGUAACCCACCUGAGGAUGCUCAGUGUGGGCCUGGCCCACCUGCUGCAGGGCGUGGAGGAGAACGUCCAGCGGCUGGAGCAGGAGGGGGAGCUGGUGGGAAAAGAGCUGGAGGGCGCCACAAAGGGUCUGGAGAGUCUUCGUAAGCAGAGUUUACAGACAGUACGCUCUCACAGGCAGGUUAGAAAAGGUCUGCAGAUACACACUGCCAGGAGGGACGCGGUGUGGAAAGCCGUCAGAGAUCUGCAGAAGGAUCUGGAGGAUCUGCAGGCUGAACAGGGAGUAAUGCAGCAGCAGAUGAACCGGAUCACUCAGAGUGUUAAGAGACUGAUGGCCCUGAGGCCGGGGGUGCAGACCCCCCCUGACAUCAGACUCAUGAAGGUUCUCAUCAAUAAGCAGGCCCAUCGUCUCGCCAACCUCACCUCAGAGGUUACCGCCCAAGAAAGACUCAUCAACAGACGCCUACGGCAGAUUCAGCACCUGGAGAAAAAGCUAUCCUCAGGUCCCUGAGGGCCUCGCCACCGCACUGAGGUCAGAUAUUCUGACCCUGACUGCGUCUGCUGAGCACAGCUGCAUCAACACAGUCGCUGCAAGGCUCAACAACCCGCGUUUGAAGAUCUGCAAAAGCUGAAAAAGAAUAUUGCCUCCAUCCACAAAAACGAUGUGCCAUAAUCAGAAAUGUCCACAGGUGUCAAGUAACGAAGUACAAAUACUUUGUUACCUUACUUAAGUAGAAAUUUUGGUUAUCUAUACUUCACUGGAGUAAUUAUUUUUCAGUUUUUCAAUUUCAUUUAGGCCUUUAAAAAAAAACUAUCCAGUUAAAUUGCUCCAUCCGGAUAGAGUGAAUUUGGUUGUGGUUGUUUCAGAUGUUCUUGUCCAGUUUUGUUCUUACAUCCGUUCCCUCAGAUUCCUG